AUGGACCAGAACCGGUACCCAGUUCAGGACCAUAGCCCAGAAAAGAACCAGUACCAGAACCAGAGACCAGACCAGAACCCGUACCCAUUUUGGUACCAGAGCCCAGAACAGAACCAGUUCGGCCUGUGUGAAGAAUGGUGGGAUGCCUGCAAAGAGGAAUACACUUGUCAUAGGAACUGGAUCACUGACAUGGACUGGGGCGAAAUUAACAGCUGCAAAGAGGGCUCGGUGUGUAAAAAGUACAAAGAAUUUUACAGCUCCGCCGCCGACUUUUGCACCGCCAUAUGGCACGAUGCCUACAAGGUGGUCCCAGACUCCGAACCCUGCAUGGUGUUCACAUUCGAUCCCUCCAAACCAAACCCAAAUACAGCUGUGGCUCAAGCUGCUGCCGAAGAAAAGGCUGCCGCAUAA